AUGUCCGGGACUGUCUGGGCAUGCAGUGAUAAGUCGCAUCCUAUUACACACUGUGUGUCUAUAUUAUCGCCAUUCUGGCCAGAUGUCUGCUUUGAAGGUCUGGAAGAGGACAUUGAACAGUCGAUGGAAGGAGGUGGAGGAGGGGGAUCACCAGGAGACAGCAAUAACGGUGAUGAGGUCUCUGUGGAGGAGGAUGAAUAUAUGAAGCACGUAUCUCGUCGAAACAGAAAGAUGGAGCGGUAUCUCUUCGGGCGGAACCCCACGGACGACAAAAUGCUGCGAGAAGUACAUUUGGGCAGGGCCAGGCUUGUGCCGGACCCUACGCUGAUAUGUCGGGUAUCGGGGAGUAGUGAGUGGAAGGAGGAGAGGAUUGCAGAGGAUAAUUAUAAGGUUGAUGGUAUUGGGCCCAUGGAUGGAAUUCCUAAAUCGCUAUCACUCCUGUCUGAGGCUGAACAGUCCUUCGCCUCGGCAACCAAUGACCUCUUACAGAAUAUUCCCGCUGGGGGCUUGGCGACGAUAUAUCAACUGCUGGACUUGGUUGCCAAUGACCAACAUGGUAGAAUAGCCCUUCUAUUGAUAGCGCGCUUCGUGCAGUCAACAGUUGACAGAUUCGUUGGUAUUGGGGGAAUCGGAUCCAUCCCUCUCCGCUACAUGCGCCUUAUGGCCUUUCUUGCCCGAGGCAGCGUACUGCUAUCUGCUGCUGCUGCUCAUCAUCAUCAUCCUCUCCAGCAGACCAAGGACGAAGAUGGCAGUGCCAUCAUCACUGAUGAGCGGUUCCAAGUGUACUCCUCUCAGUCUACGGUACUCACCAUCAUCAUCAUGUUGCGUGUCGACAGGUCACUAUGUUCACUUGUUGGGAGUCUAGCAAGACUAGCUUUGGACACAUCCUUGCCACAGUCGAUGGCUCAGAGUGCUCAGGGAGGAGGUUAUCCAAUGUCCCCAAUCCUGCCACCGAGAGGUUCCCAGACUCCUAGUGCCGCUCUAGGAGGGAUUCCCAGACAACAACAACAGCAACAACAACAUGGUGGGGUCGCCGCAGCAGUGUGUGACACUCUUCAAUUGGUGAGCUUCCGAGAUAUGUGUAGUAAAUGCUUCAAAGAGUGUUCCCCCUUGGUGAAAACCAUGGCCUCAAAGUUGACCCAACAUGUCGAUCUAUGUGUGGAGGACAGAUGGCGAACGAUAAGGAAGAAGAAGAAGAGUGCCACCACCCGUGCAGACCUGAUGGCAUUGGUGAGUAUCAUGAGUCUAGUGAAGGAAGAGAACCUCCAGGCUGGGGAUCUUUGCUCUCAGUGGUUGGAGAUGGCUGAUAACACAGGUGAGAAGAGUAGUUCUCCACCAGACGUGUCGGAAUACGAGCGAGAGUUAAGUCUAGUUUACUUGGAGCAAAAAGCUAAACUAUCCGACUACUUCUUGGCCACGAGCCUCAUACGAGAGAGGAUGGGCAUCGGCGAUGAUCGUUUUAAUGCUUCUUUUCUCUGA